AUGGCCAAAGGCAAGGGAAAGCGCUCUUCGGACGCUAAUGAGUCUCAUUCUGAGGCAGCGGUCGCAGCCCCCGGUAGUCAAACUACACCCGAUGUGCCCAAUCUGGACGAGGGCGCCUUUGCGGGUCUCCGACAAAAAAUUGAACAACGUUUGAAAGACCAGAAAUCCGGCAAAGGAAAGUCGAAGGACAACGGCAAGGCAAAGGCGCCUGCUGUGGAGGCUCCUCUGAAGAAAGAGAAGCAAAAAGCCGAUCAGAACCAAGGAUCUGCAAAGGGCAAGAAGCGCGAUCGCAAUGGAGAGGUGAUUGCGCGAGAGGAGAAGAAAGGCGGAAAGAACAAGAAGGAGAAAUCGGAUGCUCCGGCAAAGAAUAACCAAGAGGAUACACUGCGCCAGGAAAUUUUGGCCCUGGGUGGCACUGAGGAAGAUUUUGAGCUUCUCGCUGGUGUCGACUCCGAGUCCGAGGUCGAGGAUGCCCCAUCCAAAUCGAAGAACAAGAGCGGCGAAGAUUCUCUGCGAAAUGAACUCUCGAAGAUGUUGGAGGCUGCCGGCCAAGUCGUGCCGCCAGAUCUAGCCGACGAAGAAGUGGAUGAGGGGGGUGAAGACGAAGAGGAAGAUGAGGGCGAGGAUGAGGACGGUGAUGACAGCAGCGAGCCAGAAGAUUCUGAUGUCGACGAGACCCCGACGGAGCCAGCUGCUCCCGAAGUGAAAGUUCCGAAGGAAUAUGCCAAGCUCGCUGUCCUUCCUCGAUCUGACUGGUAUGCUGUUCCCCCUCCUCCAAUCGCCUACACAAAGCAAAUGAACGAUUUGCCCCGGCAUUUGAUCGACCGCAUUCAUGAAUUGGCCAACACUCUGCUGCAAGAGGAAAACGACUUGUAUGCAGAAGCUCAAAAGACCUCGGCCUCCUCUUCUCACAAGUUCUACUCCACCAUCAUGUCGUCUGGAACCCUGAGCGACAAGAUCUCUGCAUUGACUCUCGCCGUGCAAGAAUCACCAUUGCAUAACACCAAGGCUCUGGAGACUCUCAUUACGCUUGGAGGCAAGCGCAGCCGUGCCCAAGCCGUUGAAGUUUUGCGUUCACUGAAAGAUAUGUUCGCCCAGGGUACUCUUCUACCUAGCGACCGGCGACUGAGGUCAUUUGCAAACCAGCCGUCACUCGUUGCAGCUUUCCAAGGAGCGGGCGGUCGGUGGGGAAAGCGAGAUCCGCUCCCCGGUGGUUUGCAGAAGAGCCACCUGAUUGUGUGGGCGUACGAGCACAUGCUCAAGGAGCAGUUCUUCGAGAUUCUCAAGAUCUUAGAGACUUGGUGCAACGAUGAAAUCGAAUUCUCCCGGUCUCGCGCGGUCAGCUACGUCUACGAGCUGCUCAAGGAGAAGCCGGAGCAGGAAUCCAAUCUGCUACGGCUCUUGGUCAACAAACUCGGAGACCCGAGUAAGAAGAUUGGUUCCCGAGCAUCGUACCUGUUGCUACAGCUUGAGCAGGCACAUCCGUUGAUGAAGCCGACCAUCAUCAGUGCAGUGGAAGAGGUGCUGUUCCGGCCCGGCCAGAGCCAACAUGCCAAGUACUAUGCUAUCAUCACGCUAAAUCAGACGGUCCUGAGUCUCAAAGAGGAGGAGGUUGCUGCUAAGCUGCUAAACAUCUACUUCUCCUUGUUUGUGGCUCUGUUAAAGCCCACCCAGCCGCACAAGCCGGCGCCCAAGGGCAAGCCUGGCCAUAAAGGCCCCAAAGGCAAGCGCCAAAACCAGCCUGCCAAGGGAGAAGCUCAGGACGAUGAAAUGCGGGAAAAGCUGGUCUCUGGUGUGUUGACAGGUGUCAACCGCGCAUAUCCUUUUACCAACUCGGACUCUGAAAGCAUGUCAAAGCAUCUUGAGACACUCUUCCGCAUCACCCACUCGUCAAACUUCAACACGAGCAUCCAGGCUCUUAUGCUGAUCCAACAACUUACUGCAUCCCAUAAAGUUGGCGGAGAUCGGUUCUACCGGACUCUGUAUGAGUCCCUGCUCGACCCACGUGUGGCUACCUCCUCGAAGCAGUCACUCUACCUCAACCUUCUUUUCAAGGCCCUCAAGAACGACGUCAACGUACGUCGCGUCAAGGCCUUUGUGAAGCGGCUUGUUCAGGUGCUCGGAUUGCAUCAACCCGCCUUCGUCUGCGGUGUCUUCUAUCUGAUCCGCGAGUUGGAGAAGACUUUCAAUGGCCUUCAGUCCCUCGUCGAUCAGCCGGAGGACAACGAAAGUGAUGGUGAAGAGGUCUUCCGGGAUAUGCCCGAUGAAGAUGAUGAGCAGCCGGCUCCGAUUGUUGAAACUAAAUCGAAGCCGACGAAUGGAUACGAUCCUCGCAAGAGAGAUCCCGAGCACAGCAAUGCCGACAAGACAUGUCUUUGGGAAUUGCUUCCCUACACAUCGCACUUCCACCCCUCUGUCUCCGUGAAUGCCGCGCACCUCCUGGAACACCAGCCCAUGAGCGGCAAGCCCGACCUCACCAUCCAUACACUGACCCACUUCCUCGACCGUUUCGUGUACCGCACUCCCAAGGCAACCACCUCCGCCCGGGGAACUUCGAUCAUGCAGCCUCUCGCGGGCGGUGAUGCCGCAGACCGACUGGUCGAAGCCUUCAAGUCGUCGCAGAAGUCUCUCCCGCUCAACACCGAGGCUUUCUGGAAGAAGAAGGCCGACGACGUCGCUGCCGAAGAUGUGUUCUUCCACGAAUACUUCAGCCGCGUUAACAAGGACAAGGACAAGGCGCGCAGUAAGAAGGGCAAGGGUACUACUGAUCCGGUUGAUCGCGACGAGGAGGAUGCCGAGGGUCUCAGUGACAACGAAUCGGAGAUCUGGAAGGCGCUCGUUGACUCGCGGCCUGAGCUGGAGGCAGAUGACGAUAGCGAUGAGGAUCUGGAUAUGGAUGAUCUGGAGUCCGCAUUUGACGAGGACGAAGACGCCGAGGAGGGCGAGGAUGACGGUGGCGUUAUCUUCAACGACGAGUCUGACGAGGCGUCCGCAGACGAAGAUAUGGACGAAGUCAGUGAUUUCGAGGGUGUGUCGCCGCCUCCACCGGCUGCUUCCAAGGCGUCAAAGAAGACCGCCAAGAAGGACGAAGAGGAAGAAGACGAGGACGACUUCGAUAUGGAUGUCUCGGACGACGAGGCCUUUAUCGACAGCGACGAGGAUCUGCCAUCGGAUAUGGAGCUGGGUGGUGUGGAGGUGCCGGACGACAAGGCAUCGGAGCGCAAGAAGCGACGCAAGCUCAAGCACCUGCCGACGUUUGCCUCGGCGGAGGACUAUGCGGCGCUGCUGGAUGCAGAGGACGAUGGCAUCGCUUCUAUCAGCUCCACAUUGCUUCGCCGGGAGCUCUCCUCUGCCUCGGGCUCUGUGCGACCAAUUGCCCCUCGUGUGCCCGCCGCCAAAAACUCUCUGGUGUAUGUUGCAGCUCCUAAGCGCACUGCACAAACCGUGCGGUAUGCGUCCAACUCCAGCGAGCCGCUGCGCAAGACGCAACUGUAUGACCUGCACGUGGCGCACGGAGCCAAGAUGGUGCCCUUUGCCGGAUUCGACAUGCCGCUGCAGUAUGCGGAUCUGAGCCAUGUCGAGAGCCAUAUGUGGACGCGCGAGAAGGCCAGUCUGUUUGAUGUGAGCCACAUGGUCCAGCACCACCUCAGCGGGCCCGGCGCCCUUGAUCUGCUGAUGAAAGUGACGCCCUCAUCACUGGACAAGCUGUCCCCGAACACAUCGACCCUGUCCUGCCUGCUAGAAGAAGGCACCGGCGGCAUCGUUGACGACACGGUGAUCACCCGCCGCGGCGAAGACUCCUUCUACUUUGUGACCAACGCCGGCCGGCGCACCGAGGACCUGGCCUUCCUGCAGACCGCAAUCGACGCCCACCGCGCGGAGAACGGCGCCGACAGUAUCAAAUGGGACAUCCUCGAAGACCGCGCGCUGGUCGCGCUGCAGGGCCCGCUUGCAGCAAGCAUCCUGCAACGACACAUCUACACGGCGGGCGAUGCCUCAGCGGCCGAGGCCGACCUGAGCACGCUGUACUUUGGCCAAUGCCGCGAACUGCACCUGACGCUGCCCGAUGGCUCUGCCACUGCGCACCCGCUGCUCAUCUCCCGCACGGGCUACACGGGCGAAGACGGCUUCGAGAUCUCCAUCCCGAGCUCGGGUGCUCCCUCCCUCCCGCAGCAGGUCACGGAGCUCCUCCUCAGCGACAAGGAUCACGUUCGUCUGGCCGGUCUCGCCGCACGAGACUCCCUCCGCCUCGAGGCAGGCAUGUGUCUGUACGGCCAUGAUAUCUCCACCGCCCAGACUCCGCCCGCCGCGGCCCUGGGCUGGGUCGUUGGUCGUGACCGUCGUGACGCCGCGACAGCCACCUUCAACGGCGCCUCGGUCAUUCUGCCCCAGAUUGCCAGCCCCAAGUCCCUCGCCCAGCGUCGUGUCGGUCUGAACAUUGAAAAGGGCCCUCCUGCUCGUGAGGGCGCCGCCGUUGUUGACCUUGCUGACCCGUCAAACCCGGUCGAGGUCGGCGUCGUCACCUCUGGCCUGCCUAGUCCCUCGCUCGGGGGUGCUAAUAUCGCCAUGGCGUACGUUAAGAACGGAUUGCACAAGAAGGGCACGGAGCUGGGUGUCAAGGUGCGGAAUAAGGUGCGCAAGGCUAGCGUUACGGGCAUGCCCUGGGUGGAAAGCAAGUUCCAUCGCCCGCAGUAG